GCGCCUGAAUAAUUAUGAAGAAUAAAUAGAAAGUGGUUCGUUAAUCGCCAGAAAUAUGCCUAGUAAACGCUGCAUUAUUUACAAUAUGGCCGUAUUAGUUGACUCGUUUGCUCUAAACUCGAAAGUGUAUUAUCUUAAUACGUUAAUAAAUAUGUAAGUUAUUCCGAGAAUAUACUAAUUGCGAAUCAAUGUCAGGGUCAAUGAGGUUCUUCAAGGUUUUGUUUCAUGUGUAUCCUUUUGAAUCACGUUCGUUACUCGUUACACAAUAGAGUGCAAAACAAUUUCCCGACGGUUUUUUAAGUUACGCUUAGGAGGAUGGACACUCGUCGAUAUGAGAAACGUAAAAGAUAUAAAACUGCCACACUAGCCAUGCUAGGAGGAAUUCUGAUCGUCCUGUUGGUGAUUGGGGUGGUUCUAGGGAUGACGUUGACCCACAACGACAAAGAGCUCAAGAUGAUUCAUAUUAUAAUGAGGCAUGGAAAGCGAACUCCUGCAGACACAUUCCCAACUGAUCCGCACAUAAACGACACUCUCUACCCUAUAGGAUGGGGACAGCUUACUAAUGACGGUAAAGAGCAGGUUUAUGAGGGGGGCAAAUUCUUGCGAAAGCGCUAUGAUGCAUUUUUGAGCGACCAUUACUUACCAGACGAAUAUUACAGCCAGAGUACCGAUGUGGAUAGAACUAAAGCGUCUCUGCAACUUGUCAAUGCAGGUUUAUGGCCUCCUAAUUCUAGGCAAACUUGGGGUCCUUUGAAAUGGCAAGCUAUUCCCGUUUACGCCGAGCCGCUAACUCAAGACAUGUUGUUGCUGGUACGAAAACCUUGCCCAGCAUACCAUAUCGAGCGCGAUUUAGUUGUAGCGUCGGAAGAAAUCCAAGCCAAACUGAAUGCCAGUCGGGGACUGUUUGAAGCUAUGACGAACUACACUGGACGACCUGUAGAAGACUUUGAUGAUGUUAUGGAUGUUUACAGUACCUUAAAGGCUGAAGAUGGGUUCAAUUUAACGUUGCCUGAUUGGACCAAAGAGUACUACCCAGAUAAAAUGCUCGAACCGACCAUCUUCAGCUUUGUGCUGAAUGCUUGGAACGAUAAAAUGAACCGAUUCAAAGGAGGACUGCUUCUAAAAAAAAUGAUUGGCGACUGGCAAUCAAAAGCCAAAGGAACGAUUUCGCCUCCAGCUCGAAAGGCGUUUUUGUAUGGAGGGCAUGAUUCCACUAUAGUGAAUUUGAUGAGGACUUUGAAAGUUUGGGAUUCGCAAAUGCCCGAAUAUGGAAUAACUGUUUUGCUCGAAUUAUCCAAGACUUCCUCAGGAAUUUAUGGCGUUGAGAUAUUUCUGCGGAAUUCCACUUCAGUUCCCCCAUUUAAAUUGACUAUUCCGGGUUGUGAUAGCUUCUGCCCAUUGGACCAACUAGUAGAUCUGACAAGGCAUGUGAUUCCGGAAAAUUGGGAUGAAGAGUGUAAAAGCAAUGGGACGUACGAGGUCCCCGAAGCGGGACAACCUUAAUUGUGAUAGAAUAUUUUGAGAGUAUUGGCAUGCCCUAUGCUUUGUGCGACAUCUCUGGAGAACUGACAGCUAGCUGUUCCACCCCACAAGGAAACCUUAGCCACCCAAGCUGAUAGAUUGUCACAAUGACAACUAGAAUCAAUAGUUUUUCAUUCAUUCAUUGUUACAGGGGUUUGUAGCCGGGGUUUUGAAUCAGUAAUUUCCUAUUUUCUGUUAAUAGUCAGUCCUAAGGCCAUGGCAGGGUUUUUCGGUUUACUCAAAGUUUCAAGUGUAGUGCCCAUAGUUCCUUAUCAGGUAAAUUCACCCCCUCAGUUUCACCUAAGGCUUCUCUACUGUACUAAGCUAAUUUUCAUAAGUCUUCACUCUCUAACAUUAUUGAGACCCCUUUAUGUUUUCAUUGGGGUUUCGUAGGUAUUUACUGUUAAAACCAUCAGCUCGAGUUGAUGUUUAACUAAACUUUAUCUAAAAUAUGUUUCAACAUUUUUUUUCAUAAAACGCCCAAUAAGCAUGCAUACAUCUCUCUCUGCAAAGUUAAUAAGCAACUUACUUAUCUGCGGCCUCAUUAGCCUCAGUUAUCAACUGUACUUGUUAGGGAAAAUAAGCAUUUUAAUCUAAUACACCAAAUUACAUUUUAUAGAAGUCAUAAUCGUAAAAUAAGUGUCAUACGUGUAUUGUAUUGUGAGCAUUAUAUGCACUUUAUUGUCAUAUUAAUGAGUGUGUCGAAAUUCCCAAGAACUGUGCUUUUUUGCCGGUGUAUUAUUCAAGUUGCACUAUUUGAUCUGUUUGGUCGGCAUUUGCAGUAUAAUUUUAUCCAACUGGGAGAUGCAUAUGCGAAGUACUCUGUGUAAUGUAUGUUCGGGUGAGUCGAAAGAAACAAUAGAUAAAUAUAAAUACCAACAAGAACAUAAACGUCGUAUGUUUUACGGUAACCGACUGAAAACUUAGCAGAAAUAAAUCAGAAUGUUUUGUAAUUU